AUGGAGACGAUGGCUGCGUAUAUUGGGCAAACAAAUAUCGGCCUGGGGUUGGAUGUGAACCGCCGCAGGCCAGCAACGCAAGGAGGUGACCAAGCCGGAGCUCGAGACAGAACCGACAAUGGAUCCCGUCUGGGGGCAAGUUCUGCUUUCGAAAGACCGUGGCAAUUAAACGGGACAGGACCGACCACACCGAGAAUAAUACCUCAAGAGACUGAAGACUAUUUGCAGGCUCGACCACUACCGUUGCAGCGCACCAAGAGUGACCUAGGCCCACGACGCAAAGAAGGUUCCCUCAAUCCACCGUCCGAAGACAAGCUGGCCCAUAUUCGACAUGGUUGGGACGAUGAAUACACAUCGAAUGAAUACCUGUCAUUGUUGCAUUCGACAUUUUACAUGUACUACACCGAAAAACGACAUGAGAACAAUGGUUCGCAGUCGGAGGAAUCCAAGAGGUUUCCCAGCGUGGACUGGCGCAUGAAAGAUAGGAUGAAGACUGUUUCAGCCGCGCUGGCGAUAUGCCUCAAUAUUGGAGUAGAUCCUCCCGAUGUGAUCAAGACAAAUCCGACUGCGAAGCUCGAGGCAUGGGUUGACCCAACGGGAAGCAGCGGCGGGACCACGAAGAUCAUGGAGCAGAUCGGCAAACGCCUUCAAGAACAAUACGAAUCAUUGAGUCUGAGAACGAGAUACAAACAGUACUUAGAUCCUUCGAUCGACGAGACCAAACGGUUCUGCAUAUCCCUGCGGCGCAAUGCGAAAGAUGAACGGGUAUUGUUCCAUUACAACGGCCAUGGCGUUCCUCUCCCGACUGCCUCGGGCGAGAUCUGGGUCUUCAACAAGAAUUAUACUCAAUACAUACCAGUCGGUAUAUAUGAUCUACAGUCAUGGCUUGGAGGUCCCAGUCUUUUUGUCUAUGAUGUCUCCCACGCUGGCAACAUCGUCCACAACUUCGAUACGUUCCUCGCCAAGCACGACAAGGAGAAUGAGGAACUCAGAAAACGAGAUCCGAAUGCUCCCAUUCAGAACUACGGGGAUUGCAUCCAACUGGCCGCGUGUGGCAGAACCGAGAUGCUGCCGACCAAUCCCGACCUACCGGCCGAUUUGUUCACAUGUUGUCUGACUACACCAAUUGACAUCGCGUUGCGAUACUUUGUUCUCCAGAACCCACUGCCCAAUGGUCCGGCCCUCGAAGAUGGAAAGAUUCCAGUCCCGGGCCGUUUACAGGAUAGACGGAGUCCGUUGGGAGAACUCAACUGGAUCUUUACAGCCAUCACUGAUACUAUCGCGUGGAAUAUUUUACCGAGGGCGCUUUUUAAGAAACUCUUUCGCCAGGAUCUAAUGGUCGCGGCACUCUUCCGCAACUUCCUCCUUAGUGAACGAAUCAUGAGAGCAAAUCAUUGCCAUCCUAUAUCAUCACCACCUCUUCCUGAAACACAUCGACAUCCACUCUGGCAGAGUUGGGAUCUCGCCAUUGAAAUGGUCCUGCAUCAACUACCCAUGCUUCGAGAGGCCGAGGAAGGGAAGCGUGUGUAUGAAUAUCAACACUCAUCGUUCUUUUCAGAACAACUUACCGCAUUUGAAGUGUAUCUGAGCUCGGGACCGACCAAAGAUCAUGCCCCAGAUCAGCUACCGAUUGUUCUGCAAGUCCUCCUGAGUCAAGUCCACCGUCUACGGGCUUUGAUUUUGUUGAGCAAGUUCCUCGACCUUGGUCCUUGGGCCGUCCAUCUGGCACUGAGCAUUGGGAUCUUUCCUUAUGUCGUUAAGCUCCUCCAAGCGGCGUCACUGGAACUCAAACCUGUCAUGGUCUUCAUUUGGGCUCGCAUCAUGGCGGUUGAUUAUACGGUGCAGAGCGAUUUGCUGAAGGACAACGGCAUCCAUUACUUUAUCUCCAUCAUGAAUCCUCGUUCAGACAUUCCUGUCGGCAAUGCCAGCGAACAUCGAGCCAUGUGCGCCUUCAUUGUGGCCACCUUCUGCAAAAAGUAUCCUCCAGGCCAGACUGUUUGUCUGCUGCCCGAACUUUUCAAUGCCUGUUUGCUCAACAUGGCAGAGCCCGAAAAUCCUUUGCUACGACAAUGGUCUUGCUUGUGUUUGAGCAUGUUGUGGUGCGACUAUUCAGACGCCAAGUGGAUGGGCAUCCGAUGCAUGGCUCAUGCUAGACUUUGUGAGCUGUCUCUUGACCCGGUCCCGGAAGUUCGAGCAGCACUGCUCCAUGCUUUGACCAACUUCCUGGGGAUCCCGGAUUUGACCGACCAGGUUUCUCAAAUUGAGGAAGGAAUUGCGUCGUCGGUCCUUUUCAUGACUUCCGAUGGCAGCACAUUGGUGCGAAAAGAGCUGGUCGUGUUCCUUUCCACCUUCGUGAAACGGUACGAAAACAGGUUCAUCGUGGUGGCAUACGAACAACUUGUCGAAGAACGGGAGAGACAUCCAUACAAGGAGACGGAGUCGAAUAAAUUCGGUACUCGCGAUACUCGCGCCUCGGUUCCGAUUUCGGCAAACACCAUAUACGGUGCUAUCUGGGUCCAAAUUUUGAUUUUGUCUGUUGACCCUCACCCAGAAAUUGCCAGAAACGCCUCUCUCAUCGUGGAUUAUGUGCACGAAACUUUGAUCAAUUCGCCCAUGAGUCAGAUGGCAUUGACAGUCAUCGACGACCUCUUAAGAUUCUCGAAAAGAGAAGAGUCCCAGCUCAAGAAGAUCCCAUCUCGAGAUUCGCUCAGAGCUGUCGACAAACGGCAGGGCACUCCCCCCCCACAGCUACCAAAACAACAAAGUUAUCUAUCCCUGAGCCUGAAAAAAGCGGGCAGCUCCCUCCGGAGUCUCGCGUUUGGUGCCCCCUCGGAAGAUGCCAGUAGUUCGAGAGACACCACUCCUCAGACAUCGCCCACCAAAAAUCGGGAGCAUGUCCAUCCUGUGAAUACUCCCAGGGCCCGUCUCCCACCGGAAUGGAGUCGUCCCCCAGAGACUCCUGACGCCUCGAGCACCUCGGGAUCAUACCAACCAGCGCCUCUACCCCUGUCGGCCGGGUUCGUUCCCUUGGACCCGAAUAUAAAGCGGCGCACACCCCUUCAAAGCACUCUCCUAGAGUGGUCCACCGAAUACUUCCGCGAACCGCAAAUGCGACCCAAUGACCCUGAUGAGCCUGGUUCCGCUGACUACAAUUCCCGACUUUGGCGACGUAAUCGCAAUGAGAAAAUCAUCGCCGACAAUCAACCUCUAAAGGGCGUGGCCGGUAGUUCGAAGUGGACUCGCCUGGAAGGAUUCCUAAACAACCAGAACCAGCCGAUGAAAAUGACGUUCCAUCAAUUUGAUGAUCAUCUAGCCGUCACCGAUGACAGAGAUACCGUCAGCAUCUGGGAUUUCCAAAAGAACGAACAACUGAGUCGUUUCAGCAACGGCAACCCGGCAGGAAGCAGGAUUAAUGAUGCCAAAUUUCUCAAUGAAGAUGAUCAACCCCUUUUGAUGGUGGGUAGUUCUGAUGGCGUUCUGAAGGUCUACAGGAACUAUCAGAGUUCAACAGAAGUCAAGGUCAUUACGGCGUUCAGGGCCUUGACGGAGCUGAUUCCCAGCAACAAGAAUGCCGGUUUAGUAUUCGACUGGCAACAGGGACAAGGCAAGGCGUUGGUGGCGGGCGACGUCAAGGUCAUCAAAGUCUGGAAUGCCGCGACAGAACUCUGUGUCGGCGAUAUUCCGGCUCGAAGUUCCAGCUGCGUCACGAGUUUGACCAGCGAUCAAGUGGCCGGACAGAUCUUCAUCGCCGGCUUCGGAGACGGUGUAAUCAGAGUCUUCGACCAACGUCUCAACCCACGAACGGCCAUGGUCAAGAUCUGGCGGGAACAUCGUCAAUGGAUCACCAACAUCCACAUGCAACGCGGCGGCGUGCGGGAACUCGUCUCCGCGUCGCGAAACGGCGAAGUCAAACUCUGGGAUCUGCGCAAUGACAGAUCCGUUCUCACCAUGAACGGAACCUCGUCGUCGCCGUCGAAGUACGAGUAUAUCGACGCCUCCACCGGUCCGGUCGAAAAAGGAAAUCCCCCGUCCACGCCUGCACAUACCUCCACCACGCUUUUGCGCAGCUUAUCUGUACAUGAACAUGCGCCUGUCUUCGCAAUUGGCACGGAUAAACACGAAGUCAAGAGUUUCAACACCACCGGCGACGCGCUUGGCGUCUUUGAGCCUUUGCCCAGCCGUCUAGCGCAGGUGGUCGGUGGAAGUUUUGCGGGUCGUGGGUAUCAGAGUCCCAUCGUCGCUACCGCGUAUCAUCCGCACCGCAUGCUGUUGGCUUGUGCGGCGUUGGGCGACGGACAUGUUAGUUUGGUGAGUUAUUGA